UUUUUUAACUUCAAAUACUUUUAAACGGCUUAAGAAGUUAGUUUGCAUAUGAGUAUUUGCUUAACCUGGCUAGUCAAGUAUGGAGCCUGAGUCAAUACAGCAAGGCAUUUGGUUUCAAAGAGAGAGGAUAUGCAUCAUUUUAUAGAUAAGCAAACUUGGAGAUUGAUGUUUUCUUAACAAUGUGGGAUAAGUUAACAGGUUGCAUUCAGACUGCAUUGGGACAACGCCCCCUACAAAAAAAUAUUUUUUGAACGUCUCUCUCAAUCCCCCUCACCAGUAACAACGGAUCUUCCACCUGAACUCUCAUUUCCCACUCUCUCACCCUUGCUCACCAGACAGGGUUUUGCCCGCUCGUCUGGAUCGCGAAACAAGAAUGGUAAAACUAUUUCCUUCUUUUGGUCGUUGCUUGCAAAGGCUUUUCUGUUAUGGUAGUGAUAAUCCAUGGAACCCUUUGAAGGGUUUACCACUUGUGCACAGACUUUCCUCCUCCAUCCCUAGACAAACCCUUGUUGGUAGACGUACUGCCAGAAAUCGUGUGUUAUCAUACUCUCCAUGGCCCUUGGGUUCACAACGAUGUUUCAGUCAUAAUAAUACUAGUGAAGAUGAAGAUGGUAUCUCAUCGUCCCCAUGUCUGAUGACUGCUUGGUCUGGGCCUCAACAAUUGAAUAAGUUGGCGGUUGCAGGCCAGAAGAUUGUAACCCUCGAUUAUCCAAAGGAUGUAGCAUUUGAUGAGAUUCUGGGAUCAUCUUCACCAGGUUGGAUUGCCGUUACCAAUGCUUUUGACGGUGAUAUUGUACUUACGAAUCCCUUCACUGAAAAAAUUGGUAAGGUCUAUCAGGCUACUCCUCCUCCAGUUGUUAGGCUUCCACCUACGAGUACAAUGCCUCAAAUGGACAUAAUCAUAGAGCAUUGGAGAAGAGACUGUAUAGAGAAUGAGUUACGAAUAGAAAUAAGCUACGAUCAUUUCAUAUCUAACAUCGUUUGGUCAUCAAACCCCAUGUCCCCCGAUUGCACCGUGAUGGUUGUAUAUGGUCCAGAUAGGGAUGUUGCAUUCUGUAGACCUAGAGACAAGUCGUGGAGUGAUGCCUGCUUGGACUUGGAAUAUCGAGAUAGUUAUACGAAAUUACUAGUGUAUUCCACCAAGAGCAAAUUGUUUUAUGCCCAAAGGUUCGACGGAGGAACAUUUGAAGGUUGGGAUCUCCAACAAGCUUCUUGUCCUAAGAUGAUUCAUCGUCUUGAUCAUACUAAUUAUAAAUUUUAUCCGCCAACUCGAAAAUUCGAGUACUUGGUGGAAUCCUUGGGAGAUAUUCUUCUGGUUGCCAGGUAUUUAGGUCCGCCUACUCAGCCCCCUUCAAAGACACAUAGAUUUGAUGUUUUCAAACUUGAUUUCCAACAGCAAACAAUGGAGCGUGUGGAGUGCCUUGGUGAUCGUGUCUUGUUUGUAUGUAUGAAACACUCAUUUUCUGUCUCGGCCCAAGACUUCCCAGAGUUAAAUCCUAAUUCUAUUUACUUUACUCACGAUGAUAUGGAAUAUUGGCCUGAAUCUUAUCAAACCAGUGAUGGCUAUACGUCAAACCGCGAAGAUUAUGACAUUGGAUUUUACUGCUUAGAAGAUCAUAGUAUCACACCCCUUUAUGACAUCGCAGAUGGUCUUUGCGAUCCAGGCUGUUGGGUCAUCCCGAAGCCUCCAUAUAUGUAAACUGAUCGAGAAAAAAGACAAUUUAUUUUUUUUUCUCUUAUGAACAUUAUUUCCAUUUUGCAAGUUUCGUUAAUCUAUUCAUUCUUGUUCUUA